AUGGUUCUUUCAGCAAAGAAUAAUUGGGAAGAAAAAUUACCUGAUUUACCUUCAUAUCAAAAAUAUAAACAAUUAGACAGUGUGGACAUUGCAGAUUAUAGUAAGGAUCACUGUAAAAACUUAAAAAACAGUGAUGACCAGGAUAGACAACUUUGUAAUAAGAUAUUAAAAAAUUUAUCAAUAUUGAAAAAAGAAAAGGGUAAAGAACAAAAGCAUGGCUGCUAUUAUUUUCAGCAUUGGCUCCACGAUAAACUAGGGAAAAAAUAUUAUAAUGGAAACGUUAAGGGUAAUAAAUAUUCUGUUGCUGAGGAAAUUUUGGACAUUGUAGCAGAUGCUGUUUCAACAAAUAGUAUUGAUCAAGCUUGUAAAGGCUAUGCUUUUGGCGAUAAAGAAUCGUGGAAAAAAGAGAAAGAUUUACAUGAUUAUUUUGAAAAUUUUAAGCAAAUUAAUUGCAACGAAACUGAUAAAGAUAAAUGUGAAAAAUAUGUGGAUUAUGUUUCUUAUAUUAACAAGUUAUAUGUAGAUAACAUUGAUAACUGCUGCGAGGAAGAUGAUACAGAUCCAUUCUGUAAUCCUUCUGUUAAAUGUGCAGAUGAGUACGAUCCUCAGAAAUUAUUAACUAUAUUGAAUAGAGAUCUUUUGUCAUUAGGUAAAAAAAUAGAGCAAGGACGUGCACAGGCUGUACGUGCAGAAGCAGGACGUGAAAAGGUAGCUCCUGAAAUGGUUCCAUUGCAAAAGUUAGUAGCUGCAGCUGACCCCCAGAAAGAAGUAGUAGCAGCUGCUGCACCUGCAGCGGCAAAACCUGUAGCAGUAAAACCUACACCGGUAGUUCGUGAACAGGAAGUAGUUGAAGAGGCAGCAUCUGAAAAUUCAGCACUCGGACCUGCAGUAAGAGAAACGACAGGCAACUUGCAAUCUAUAGCAACUUUUAGUCCCUCACCAAUAGAGGGCACACGAGAGGCUGUUCAUGCAUCACCAUAUUUUACUACAGAUGCUGCAAGCAAUGCAGUAACUCUGGCCGUUGCCGAUUCGACUAAUACAUUAGGAACUACACAUGAAGAGUUGGACUCAAAUUUUUUUAGCAACAUCAUCAUGGGCGCUGCUGUACUUGGAACAAUUUUCUUCCUUUUCUAUUACAACAGGUCUUCUCGAUUCAAAUCAAGUUCACGCAAAAAAAAACGGAAAAAGGGAAAAAUAUUUGAGCAUAAUUAUUACGAAGAGUAUGAAAAAGAGUUACCAAUGUAUGAUUCUGAGGAAACGUUUAUAGGUUCUGAAGCGGAUCGAUUAUAUUUGAAUUACCACCCUGAUCAAGACUCUUAUUACUAA